CAAAUUUGACUUCUUAUUGACUCGUUGCCGUGGAAAAAUUGCACCUGAAAGCCCGAAGCUCUGGUUGCCGCGAAACCGGUGAGAAAUUAUUCAGCCGAGAGAAGAUGUCAUCGGCGAGAGAUUGGAUUGAAACAGAUGAAACCGCAAAGCAGUACCUGUGUAGGGUUCUCACGGAACGACCUUUCUUGCCUCUUCCACCUCCUUUUCACCGCAUUCCCCUCCGUGCUGGCAACGUAGUCGAGAUAGUCGGCCCUUCGCCUUCAGCCAAAACCCAGAUUCUCAUACAGGCUUCAAUCAAUUGCAUUCUGCCCAAGGAAUGGAAGGGCGUGCAAUAUGGAGGUUUGGAGCGCUUAGUCAUGUUUAUCGACUUGGAUUGUCGCUUUGAUGUUUUGAGCCUUUCACGUUCUCUGAAGCAGCGUAUACUAGAAGCCAAAGGAAAGAGUAUGCAAAGUCUAAAAGGAGGGGCGGAUGCCAUGUAUGAAAAUGAUUUAGUUGUAGAAAGCAUGAGACGUUUCAUGUACGUCCGUUGUUAUGAUAGUAUCCAGUUUCUGGCUACACUUAAGACUAUGCACAAUCAACUUCAAAAGGGAAAAGAGGUGCAUGGUGUUGGUGCUUAUUUGCUGAUUAUUGACAGUAUUGGAGCUUUUCACUGGAUGGAUCGGGCUCUUGCAUUCAUUCCACAUGGGAGCAGCAACAGAAAAAGUCUCUCUCUUCAAGGAGUAUCAGAAGCUGUGGUUCAAGAAAUUCAAAAGAUUCUUCUGGCUCAUCCAAUGCUUGUCCUUAGUACCAAAACUGUGAAUUUGGAGGAUAAGUACACAUCAACUGAAGUAGUAAGGAAUGUUGAAAGAUGGAAUAAUCAAAUUCUACCAUAUCGUGAAUAUAUGCCUUUAGUCUGGCAGUCUUUUGUUUCUCACAGAAUGCUUGUGUACACCUCAGGCGUAGAUGAUAAUUGCAAGAACAAAAGCCGACCUACUUAUUUUAUAGAGUGGCUGUUACCAUCUCUGCACAAACCAGAAAAGUUUACCAUCAACGAUAAUGGUGUAUUUUCUACAUGAUUUGAAUGGUGCCAGAGUGCGGGCCUUAUUAGAAUGAAUAAUGAGGUCUGAUUCAGGAGUGCCUCUAGUGGGUAGUCAAAACAUUAAUCAGAAGUGCAAUUUUCUUUCACAAAUGUCUGUUAAGGCCAUGCAUCCUGGUGAUCCUGCCUCCCAUAAUGAACUAGUAUUCCUACCACUACAACUUGAUAAUGGCUGCUUCAGUUUUGAAGAAGAAUUUGUGGAAAAGCUGAAGAAGAUUGCAUCAAGUUCUUGACUUGAAUGUUUAGGUAUGUAACACUCGUUGGCUCAGAGAGUCAGUUGCAGCUUUCUGAAAUUAAGGAGUUUGUGUAUGAUGUGCAAUCUGAGGUACUGUGACACACAAAGGCAUCACUGCUUAAGCUUAGUUUAGCAUGGCACUAGUGUUAAACUACGACAUGCUCAAAUUCUUCACUAAAAUUUUCAUUCCAGAUCUUGACAAGGCUUGUUCAACAUAUGUCAAAGUGCAAUUUAAUGAACUUGAUGUGCAAGGGAGGGUUAAGCAAGGAUUUAAGUAUUUAACCAGUUUCCAUUUGUUAUCAUUUAGCUACUUACAAUAAUAAGAAUUCUGCAAAAUUUUAUUGACCUAACACAACAUAACUAAUCCUGUAUGUGAAAUCUAACAAUAUGCUUAUGUGAGGGGUAUGUCUACCUUUAUCUUCCUUGAUUUAGAAUACACCAAUCUCAUGAUAUUGAUUGGCCUUGUUUAUCAUUCAACAACUGAAUGACACAUCAUUUGAUCGGGGCAAUGGAUAUAUGAUCGCGUUAAUCACUAGGGGUGAGCAUGGGACAGUGCAGGAUGGUUAUUUCAAAGAACUUGUCUCGUCCCAAAGUACAAUUCUUUUAAAAACCAAAGAACCGGUACCGUCCCGAACAUAUAUAGAACCUGUCAUGUUUCGUACCAAUUUUUAGUACGGUUCAGUACUGUUCGAGACAGUUCUUUGGUACUAUUCGAUUCCUAAAUAAUUAACUCACCUUUUAGCAUACGGCAUUUUUAACGGUACAAAAAUUUAAGAGAUGGGAUUGCAAGAUUGAAAAGUUUACGUUAAACUAAAAUAAAGUUAUAAUAAAGUUAAUAAAGUUAUAGUUUCGGUCUUCUGGAGGAUGUAGAGCAUCCGAGAUUGCUAAAAAGGUAAUUAAACUAGGUUCAAGUGUUCCAUAUCAUAGUUAUUACUAGUAUUUUUUAGGGAAAAUCGUCAAUUACGCCCUUCUAUUUACGAAAGGUCGAUUUAGUCCUCGUACUUUAAAAACACCCAAUUAUAUCCUUGAACUAGGGGUGGACUCGGGCCGGGCCAACCGGCCCGGAACCGGACCGGCCCGCUACUGUGCGGGCCGGCCCGACCCGGUGAACCGGUUCCGGACCCGGUUCGGGCCAACCGGCCCGGCCGGUUUGGGGCCGGGCCGGGCAAUUUUUUUUUGUUUUUGUUUUUGAAUUUUUUUUUAAGUUUUUGGGUUGGGCUGAGUAUUUUGGGCCAUUUGAGUUGGUUUGGGGGUGAGGGGGAGGGUUGAGGAUUAACUAGGAAAAGCCAAAAAAAACACAGAAUCGAGGCCCGGCCCGGCCCGGGCCGGUUCCGGGCCUCCCCUUUUUGAACCGAGGCUCGGCCGGGCCCGAACCGGAACCGGUCCAUGCCUACCUUGAACUCUUAAAAAAUGUUCAAUUGAGUAUAUUUAGCAGGUCACCAAUCAAUCUCCCGGUAAGCUGCACAUGUGGUAGGCCACAUGGCAAUUUUUGCCUGUUCCAUUUCUCUCUCUUUUUUUCAUUUCUUAUUUGUCUCUCGUUCUCUUUGUUCCCAGCUCGGCAAAUUAUACCGUGCAACCGGCGCACCAUGAGGAUGGUGCGCCCGGUUGCAAAACGACGCAGCUUCCCCCCCUCCCCUUUUUUUUUGCUUUUGUUGUUAAAAAUUGAUAAUAACUUUUUUAUUUUUGAUCCGAUUUUUAUAAAAUUUAUAUCAACAUUUUUUAUUUUUCAUGAUCUUUCAAAUGAGACCAAUAUUGCUUAUGUAAUUUUAAGAAAUUAUCGAACUAUUAUAUUAAUGAGUAUUGGAUUAUAAGGAAAAUCGAAUCUGUUUGGGAGAUGAUAGGUUUGUGAAAUAGAAGAUUGAAUCUGUUUGGGAGUGGAUCAGUGGCCUCAGUUACAUUUGAUAAUACAUUGAGUUACAUCUUUUUAUGAGCGAGUUACAUCUUUUUAUAAGCAAAUUACAUCUUUUUAUAAACAAGUUACAUCUUUUUAUAAGCAAGUUACAUCUUUUUAAAAGUGAGUUACAUAUAUAUAAACAUGAGUUGCAUUUGACAUGCAUGAACGUGACUUACAUAUAUUUACACGUAAAGUUAAAUAUUUAUACACGUGAGUUACAUAUUUAUACACACGAGUUGCAUUUGACCUGUCUGAACGCGAGUUACAUAUUUUUUUACGUAAAGUUACAUAUUGUUACACGUAGAGAUACAUGUUUAUACACACGAGUUGCAUUUGGCCUGACUGAACGUGAGUUACAUAUUUUAACACGUAAAGUUACAUAUUUUACACAUAAAUGUUAAUAUGUUAAAAUUACAUAGGCAAUAUUGGUCUCAUUUGAAAGAUCAUAAAAAAAAUAAAAAAUGUUGAUAUAAAUUUUAUAAAAAUCGAAUCAAAAAUAAAAAAGUUAUUACCCUUUUUUAAAAACAAAAGGAAAAAAAUAUAAAAAUUCGUGCGGUAUACGGUCGUACGGUAUAGGCACUCAUAAAAUAUACGGAGUAUUUGUUCCCUCAAUCCCUCUUCAUCUUUUCUUCCUUCAUUUUCAUUGCCUAAAAUAUAAGGAGUAUUAGGGCUCCGAUCACCCUUUUCUUUUUCUCUUCGGACUCCUCUUUUGACUCUUUCAGAAAUUAAGGUGCCAAGCUGCCAACAAUGGUGAGCUCAUCGUAGAUCCGAGCAUCAGUUUCAACGACACCACUAUCGACGAUGGCGGCUUUGAGUAUGGGUAGAUUCCUAAUGCAACGAGAUCAGCCAGGCAUCUGCAGAAGGUCCAAUAAUUGAGUUGCUGGAGAAAAAUCACAGCUUCAAGUGUUCGAGAUAUGAUCUCUGUUAAUUGUGAAAAGGAAUGAAAAUCUUAAGAAUGAGUCAGAGAGAAUUCCAGCUACGAAGAAAUUGUUGUUGGAGAAAAUAAUUUGUCCAGCUCUCUGUCAUGUCAUUUGAGAAUCGGGACGAGUAAAUGCGUGGAGAAGUUCGGAAUAAGAUCAUAAAGAGAAAUAAAUACAGAUAAGAGAGUUGGGUUAAACGGUGUUAGGCUAAAAGAAAGCGCCGUCUAAUUUUUUAUAUUUAUGUGGACCUCAAUGGAAGUUUGGAUUAUUCAUGUAAUAGUUUAAAGUAUGAAUUAUUUUUGUUUAAUUGGUGAAAGUAGG